AUGAUUGAAGAGAUUCCAAACGCAGCUGUCGAAGGCCCCAAAAUCAUGGUAUACUGCGAGUACAUUGGGAUCAGCACUGGAUUCAUAUUCAUCAUGAUUCUCUUGUUUGUAUCGGGAGGACAAACCAACACAACCGAUAUCAUCACGUCACCGGCCGGGCCGCUACUCCAGAUUCUCAACCUGGCAACCGACAGCAGAGCCGGGGCCGUGUGUCUACUAAUGUUUCCGCUCAUGUGUCUCGUCUUUGCCGGUACCGCUUGUCUAACAACUUCCUCCCGGAUGAUUUUUGCGUUUGCCCGCGACGGCGGCUUACCCGCUUCUCGUACGUGGUGGAAGACGCAUCCCACUCUACAGGUUCCUCUAAAUGCGCUCUACCUGAAUGCGCUCGUAGUGGUCGUCUUUGGGUGCAUUUACCUAGGAUCGACUGUUGCGUUCAACGCCAUCUUGUCAGCUACCGUCGUCGCGCUUGGCAUCAGUUACGGCAUCCCAAUCGCCGUCAAUCUGGUUUGCCUGAGAAGAAAGCUACCAGAACGGUCUUUUACAUUGCCGGCUUGGCUUGGCUGGACAGUCAAUAUUAUUUAUUGGUUUGGCUUAUACUGUGGUUACUACCAUAUUUUUCGUGUUUCCUCCGGCUCUCCCAGUGGACGGUUCAUCGAUGAACUAUUGUAUUGUUGCUUUUGCCGUAGUCAUAACAAUAUCAGCUGUCCAGUGGCUAAUCGACGGCAGAAGGAAUUAUAA